CCCAAGUUGAACCUUUUGAUUUAUAAUGUCUUAUUCAUCUUAAACAUGCAUUUCAAUGCAGGUAUUGAUCCCAAAAUGGGUCGAGACCUAGUAGCUCAGAAAAUAAAAGAGUGUAUUUUUUUUCUUCAAUAAAAAUUUAUUCAAUUUCGUUCAAAUUGAUAAAAUCAAAGAAUAACUCUCGAAUAUACUUGGGUAUCUGUUUGUCAUCGUAAUGGGUUCCAAGAUUACUGCUUUAAGUUAAUUACUUUGCUUUAUUUGACAGAAAUAUGCAAAUCCAUAUUUGAAUACGGAUGCUGAUCAUGUCUUCCUUUGAACAUGGAGUUGUUUUUGUUCUUGAUAAUGGUGGAGAGAAUAAGCAGAAGGAAAUCUUUCUGCCCUUUGAUUGGUUUGGUAAGGGUUUAAUCCAACGAGGGAGUAUGGUGGGAUUUGCAUAUCCUCUUGGUUUCAUGUCCACCAGUGGCUAUGUCAUCCCAAACAAAGAGUUUCACUGGUUGGCUUAUGCCCUUUUUGGCAUGCUUCUCUGCAAAAUUGUUUACAAAUUAACAGGUCUUAUUAGCCUUCAAAGCUUCAAGGAAUAUCAGAAAUUGAGCUAAGUUUCAUGUGGACAAUCGAAAGAAAGCCCAAGACGAUUGCUGGUGGGUUAAUUCUAGCAAGAUUUGUAUCAUUAAUAUAGAAGGAAAAUACCAGCUUGUUGGAUGAGAUAUGAAGUGCUUGUGUAAUUUAGGGAUGUCACUUUGUAUAUUUGUUACUCUUGAGAUUAUUAAUGAAAAUGCUGCAUUUUUGAUGUGAAAACUUA